AUGUCGUCCCUCUUUGCCCCAGGCUCAAUCUUCGAUCCUCCAUCUGAACUUCACCUACUGGUCACUCAACCAAUCAAGACUCUCAUCCGGUUCCUGGACUAUGGCUUCUCGUUGCUACAUUCGUCACCAAAGCCUGGCUCACCACUCAUCAGAAUAGUCUGCAUGUCCGACACCCAUACUCUCCAGGCUGCCCACGUCCUAGACGGCGAUCUACUCAUCCAUGCUGGAGAUAUGGGUAACGAAGGCACGCCAGUCGAACUCCAAGCACAGAUAGACUGGCUAGAUCAACUGCCUCAUAAGUAUAAAGUUGUCAUAGCCGGUAACCACGACACCUAUCUCGACCCACGAAGCCGAAAGACGCUCUCGCAACAAGAUCAACAACGCACGAUCAACUGGAAAAGCAUUCGAUACCUCCAGCACUCCUCCACGACACUUCACUUCGGUGGCGGCAGAAGACAAUUGAAACUUUACGGCGCUCCGCAAAUCCCAGCCUGCGGUGGUUCAAACUUCGCUUUCCAGUACCCGCGCGGCCACGAUGGCUGGUCAGACACAAUACCGGACGAUACAGACGUUCUAAUCACACAUACGCCGCCGAAAUACCAUCUCGACCUGCCUGCAGCUCUAGGCUGCGAGCACCUGCUCCGUGAAGUCUGGCGAGUGAGACCAAUUCUCCAUAUCUUUGGCCACGUCCACGCUGGCAGGUCUGAUACCAUGGGCUGGCUCAAAGGUGGUAGAGAGACAGUGCAAUGGGGUAAAGGUCAAGCUUGCCUGGAACAUGCUAUGACUCGACCGAAGGGUUUCAUUAGAGCAGUUCUGGACCCUCGGGCUUGGGUAGAUGCGGUGAAAGUGGUGUAUCAUGGUGGUGCAGAAGUGCUGUGGGACCGGAUAUGGGGUGGGUAUAGUGAGCGGACGAUCAUGAUCAAUGCGGCUUUGAUGUACAACAAUACUGGACGUCUUGGGAAUGAGGUGCAGGUUGUUGAUAUAUGA